ACAUGUCAAAAAUGUUUUUAUUUAAUUCUGCACAUUCUGCAUCAGAAAUUAUUUCAUAUUUUAUAUAAUAUAUAAAGUCAUUAAGUUUUUUAUUUUCUUUCAAAAUAAAUAAAAGGGAAACGUAGUGUUUAAUAGUUCACUUUAUUCAUUUUAUAAAUACUAAUUAUUCUUUUCAUUUAUUUCCGCAAAUAAAAUAUCGGACUGAGAAAUGGAGGAAAUUGUCAAAAAUUAUGUCUAUAAUUUUCAAUGAAUUAUUUCUACAUUCUUAUGAGGUUUACAAUUAAUUAGAUUAAUAAUUAUACCAAAGAAUUACAAGACAGGAAAAUUAAAAAGAAAUUCAAUCAAAAUGGAUUUACAAACAGUUGCGUUCACACCAUUUAAUGACGAUCUAUUAAAAACACCGCAAGCAUUUGCUCAACAAUGUAAAGUUGUUUAUAAACGAAAUCACAUGAUUCCAUUGAGUUUAAAAUACGAGAUAUUACAACGAAUGAAAAAUGGAGCAACAUUGACAAAUCUCGCGAAAGAAUAUAAUAUACCAAAAUCGACGAUUGGACGUAUUCGUAAAAUGGAGGGUGAAUUGGAGAAAUUUUGCCUCGAGAAGGAGCACAUUAAUGGAAUGUCAAAAAGAAAACGUCUACAGGGACGUAAAGGUGAUAUUGGUCUUGACGCAUGCAUGGAAAUUUGGUAUCAACAAAAUUAUUAUCUCGGCAAUUUAAUACCCGGUAAAAUGCUACAAGAGAAGGCACUCGAAUUUAAUGUGAAAUUAAACGGUCCAAAGACAUUUAAAGCAAGUAAUGGUUGGCUACAAAGUUUUAAAACACGUUGCGGUAUUAAGAAACAACAUCGACAAGAUGAGAAACGUUCAAUAAAUAGUGGUACAGCCUGUGAAUUUCAAACAAAAUUUUCUCAAGCAUUAAAAAAUGAUAAUUAUCCCCUGGACAAUAUUUAUAGUUGCGAUGAAAAUAUUCUCUGGUGGAAGACAUUUCCAAAAAAAACAGCCUAUGAGAAAAAUGCACCAAAAGUUACAUUAGUCAUGAGUGCGAAUGCAACCGGAAGUCAUAAAAUUCCUCUAAUGAUUAUUGGACGUUCGAAAAUUCCCUGGAGUUUAAAAACAGCGGAUAAAUUGUCAAUAAAAUAUAAAGCACAAGAAAGUUCGUGGAUUGAUACAGGAGUUUUUACCGAUUGGUUAAAGACAAUUUUCAUCCCCUCAGUGAAGAAGCGUCAGCAAAAAGACGGUAAAUCAGGUUCUAUUGUUUUACUCCUCGAUUCAGCCGCCUGUCGUUACGUGUCCGAUACAAAUUUCACUCUCAGUGGAAUUUUAGUAAAAUUAGUUCUUCUUCCAAUGAAUCUAACAUCCGACGUUUUACCCUCAAAUCAAGGUAUCAUUGAAAAAUUGAAAUUAAUCUAUCGACAAAAUUUUCUGAAAGAAAUUUUAGAACGUGGCAUUAAGGCAGACAGUGAGAGUUUGUGUGAAUUUUUAAAACAAUGGAAUUUAAGGGACACUUGUCAUAUAUUGAAAAGUGCAUGGGAAAGUGUUUCGCCUUUAAUAUUAAUACAAUCGUGGCGUAAAGUUUGUACAAACGAUAUGUUCGAUGAACAAAUGGAAAUUGACAGUGAAUUAAAUGAUAAACCGGAAUUAUUAAAUUUAUUAAAACGAAUUCCAGGCUAUGAGGAUUGUAAUGAGAAUGACGCGAACAAAUGGUUGGAUGACGAUUCCAGUGAAUAUGAUGACGAGGAAAAGGAGAGUGAUACUAGUGCAAUAAUAAAGACAAAAAAAAAUUCACAUUCAACGGAGAAAAUUGUUGUUAAUAAUUCAAAAAAUGAUAGGAACGAAAUUAUUUCCUCGACGGACGCUAUUUUGAAUUUAGAAAAUGUUCUCAGGUGGAUGAAUCAUCAGGAUGAUUUGAAAAAGGACAUUUCUUACGUUUCUGAAUUGUGCGAAAAAAUAAAGAAGAAAAUCAAAUGAAAGAAAAUUAUUUUUUUCGAUUUCUGUAUAAGAAUGUAAAUAAAAGUUUUUUUUAUAUAAUCGAA